AUGGCACCAACUCCAUUAAUUCAUCCCACCAACUUUAAUAAUUCAUCUCGUGGUGAACGUAUAGUUGUGCUAUUUGAUAGGCAAAAACGAGCCUAUGGAGAAGCAGCGACACUUCUUUUAGGAGCUUGUGGGCGUAUUUCCACUGAUUCAAAAAAUAUUCCCAUUAACUUUGAGAGUUGGAUAAAAGUUCCAAAAUCAUAUAAGGAUGAUUGCUUUAACACUUUAAAGAAUCUAUUUCAUUUUCAGGCUUCAGAAUUGAUUGCUAAGCGUUAUUGUUCACUUGCCAUGUCAAGAAAGUAUAGGAAUGUAAAGAUAAAUAUGUGGAACCGUGUUUAUGACCCUUCAUUGUCAAGAGAACAGUUAAUUGCUAAAGUUCCUGAUGGUAUUCAUAAAGAUCAAUGGUCAUCAUUUGUUGACUAUCAUCUAAGGCCAAAUUAUCAGGAAUUGUGCAAAAAAAAUACUGAAGUAAGAAAAAAGCAAAUGAUUCCACAUACCGGUGGUGCAAAAUUGUUGUCUACGAAACAACAUGAGAUGGAACAAGAGCUUGGACGUGUUGUGGGUCGAGGUGAACUAUACAUUGCAACUCACAAGAAAAAAGAUGGGUCUUAUAUCAAUGAGGAGGCAAGGUCUAUUGGGGUAUGUUGCAAGUAAAUUUGAAUUGAACAUAUUAAUUAUUAAUCACCUUUUACACACAAUUGGUUGGUUGAGAAAUACUUUUUUUUUGU